AUGACUACAACAAUUUAUUCAUCUUCAGAAGCAGUUCCAGUAUUUGCUGAAAUUUUUAAACGUAAUAGAGCAAUUGACGUUAAUCCACCUAAUCCUGCUGUUACUUUUCAUCUUACUGAUCAUGGUAGUAGUUGGUUAUGGGCUGCAUUUUCAUUAUUUGCUUUAUUUGCAGUUAUUCAUGUUUUAAUUUAUGCUUUUACGAGUGCAAGAAAAUCAGGUUUGAAAAAAGCAUUGUUGAUUAUUCCUUUAUUUACUAAUGCAAUUUUUGCAUUUGCUUAUUAUACUUAUGCUUCAAACCUUGGUUAUACUUGGAUUCCUGCUCAAUUCCAUCAUAUUGGUUCUGGUAAUAGACAAAUUUUUUACUGUAAAUUUAUUGCUUGGUUUUUGGGUUGGCCAUUAGUUUUGGCAAUUUUUCAAAUUGUUACAAAUACAAGUUUUAGUCAUGUUGAUGAAAAUGAUAAUUUAUUUAAAAAAUUCCUUUCAUUAUUUGAACUGUUGUUUGCUAGAGUUUUGGCUAUUGAGGUUUUUGUCUUGGGUUUAUUGAUUGGUGCUUUGAUUGAAUCUUCUUACAAAUGGGGUUAUUUUACUUUUGCCGUUGUUUUCCAAUUGUUUGUCAUGUACUUGGUUGCUAAAGACGUUUUUUCUUCAUUUGGCUCAUCAACUCAUUCAAGUUUGGGAAAUUUACUCAUAAUUGCAUUUUUCAUUGUUUGGAUAUUGUACCCAAUCUGUUGGGGUUUAUCUGAAGGUGGUAAUGUCAUUCAACCAGAUUCCGAAGCUGUAUUCUAUGGUAUUUUGGAUUUGAUUACAUUUGGUAUAAUUCCAAUUAUUUUAACUUGGCUCGCAAUUAAGAAUGUUGAUGAAGAUUUCUUUUCUAAAGUCUGGCAUACAAGUAGACCAGGUUCUACUCGUGGUCAUGAUGUUGAUGCCCCACAUCCAAAUGAUUCCCUUCCAGACGCUGAAAAAACCGUUGGUGAAACUCCAAGACAUUCUGGUGAUACUGCUGUUGCUCCAUCUGGUGUUCCUGAACAAACUGCCAAUGAUGCUGAACGUGCCGCCGAUCGUGCUGCUGAUCGUGCUGUUGAUGAUACUGCCGCUGCUGCAAACGCUGCACGUACUUAG